AUGAUUUCUAUCAAUUCUACUACUCCAUCAAACUCUGCUGAAAACUCACCAAUGGGCAUCAUUGGAAUGAGUUGUAUGUUCCCUGGACAGGCAGUGGAUGUUGAAUCAUUCUGGCAAGUUCUUCUUGACGGUAGUGACACCAGCUCAACCAUACCAAAGGAAAGACAAUCAUCAAGAUUCCACAACAAUAAGCAAACCUACAACAGGGCUCACUUCUUGGAGAAACCAUUAGAUGAGUUUGAUUUUGAAUUCUUUGAAAUUUCCAAGAAGGAAGCAUGCUCCAUGGAUCCACAACAUCGUCUCCUUCUUCAACAAGUUUACAUUGCCUUGGAGGAUGCUGGAAUUAAAUGGGAAGAAAUCAGAGGAAGAAACAUUGGUGUGUUUUGUUCUGUGAUGAACCAAGAUUAUCUCACCAUGAAAGGCUGGCAUGACAUGCAAACUUACAACUCGUACAGUUUGAUAAACUCUUCACCAGCUAACAAUUCUGCCAGGAUUUCGUAUCAUUUCGAUUUGAGAGGCCCGUCAUUCACUCUCGAUACCAUGUGUUCAGGAAGUUUGGUAGCACUCAAUUGUGCAUGUGAAAGUUUACAGAGAGAUGAAUGCGAAAUGGCCAUUGUUGCUGGAGUUAAUUUAAACUACAUUCCACAAGAAUUUGUAUCUCAAAAGCUUAUUGGAGCAGCAGCACCAGAUGGAAGAUGUAAAACCUUCUCUUCACAUGUUGAUGGUUAUGGAAAAUCUGAAGGUGUUGCUCAUGCGAAUUCUUCACAACAUGAAAGAGUUCAUGCUUUGAUCAUGUCAACUUGGGUCAAUCACGAUGGAGAAAGAAAGAGUGGAAUAACAAUGCCCUCUCUGGAAGGACAAGUUGAAUUAUUGGAACAAGUGUACAACAAGAGUGGCAUUCCUCCACAACAUGUUUAUUAUGUUGAAAGUCAUGGAACUGGAACUACUAUUGGAGAUAAGAUUGAAACUCAAGCUCUUGAUUCAUUCUUUGGAAGAGAAAGAAGAAAGCACAAACUUGACAAGUUACCAAUUGGUUCUGUCAAGAGUAAUAUUGGUCACACAGAGGCAACAAGUGGGAUUGCAAGUAUUAUCAAAGCUAUUCUCAUGAUGAAACAUAGGAAGAUAGCUAAGAGUAUUCAUUGCACUGAGAGCACACUCAAUCCUCACAUUGAGUUUGAGAAGAAACAAAUUAGAGUUGUCAUGCAAGAAGAAGAAAUCCCUUCUAAUAUCAAUCCUGUUAUUAUUGGAAUUAAUUCCUUUGGUAUGGGUGGUACUAAUGCUCAUUGCAUCUUGCAAAGUGUUGAGCAAUUAGAACAUCAAAGAAAGAAUAGCAUAUCAGAAGGUAUUAGAAUUCUUCCACUUUCUGCCAAGAGUGAAUACUCACUCAAGAUGAUGUCUAGUAGCGUUGCUGAGUUUUCAGCUCAAUGCAAUCAAGAUGAUUUACUUUUCAACUAUUGUGAAAAGAAGAGUCAAUUCAGAGACUACAGAGCUUCUAUCAUUUACAACAACAAAGAUGAGCUCGUUGAAAAGCUCCUCCAAUUGUCCUCCAAUUUUUCAUCUAAUGAAUCAACUAGCAUUGGUAACUCAAGCAAGAGAGAAGAAAAAUCCGAUAUUUGCUUUGUUUUCUCUGGACAAGGACCUCAAUGGUUUGCUAUGGGAAGACAAUUAUUGGAAACCAACAAUGUUUUCUCUGCCACAGUUGAAAGAAUUGAUUCAGAAAUGCAAAAGAUAAUGCCAACCAAUGACAAGUGGUCAAUUGUAGAAGAGUUGACUACAAGAACAGAAAAGGACACCAGAAUUUACUCAACCAACAUUGCUCAACCAUGUAUCUUUGCAGUACAAUGUGGUUGUUAUGAAGUAUUGAAAUCAUAUGGAGUCACUCCUCGAAUUGUUGUUGGACAUUCAGUUGGAGAAGUGACAGCUGCAUACGUGCAUGGAUGCCUCACUCUAGAGGAAGCUGUAUUCUUGAUUUAUCAUAGAGCAAGAUUGCAAAACAAAUGUGCAACCAUCUUGAAAGAAUUUUCUAAAACAGGUAAAAUGAUGGCUAUCAAUUUAGGAUUGGACAAAUUGGCCUCAAUUUUGGAUAUUCUUGGAUUUAACAAUACUGUUGAGAUUGCAUCUGUAAAUAGUAAUUCCUCCGUUGUAGUUGGUGGUGAAGAACAUGUGUUGAAACAAUUGCAACUUGAUCUCACCAAGUAUGUGGAAAAUGAACCAAACUCAAGAGUCAACUGUGUCUUUUUGAGAAAUGAAGCUGCAUUCCAUACCAGCCAUAUGGAAGUAAUCAAGAAAGAGUUAUUAGAAGUUCUUUCUAAUAGAAUCUCAAAAAAGGAAAGAGGAACCAAACCAAAUGAUAAUAUUCAAGCCGUUUUCUCUACUGUCACUGGAAGAAAGUCAAACCUCCAAGAAAUGUCAACACCAGAAUAUUGGUGGAAUAAUGUCAGAGGGAAGGUUUUGUUUUCACAAGCUAUGGAAGAGAUUUUUCACACUUACAAAAACUCAAUCAAAUAUGUUAUUGAAAUAUCUUCCCAUCCGGUUUUGAAUGGAUACAUUAAGGAUAUUUCGUCUUCUUCAUUAGGAAAUGAAGAUUCUAUUUCUGUAAUUCCAACAUUGAUUAGAAAGAAGGAUGAACAAAUGAGUUUGUUACAAGUUGUCUCCUCAUUGUUUGUGAAUGGAUAUUCUAAACUUGAUUGGAAACAAAUUAAUAGAUAUGGAGAGAAUAGUAAGAUAUUGGAUGGAAUUCCUAAAUAUCCUUUCCAGAAACAAUCUUGUUGGUCAGAAUCUUAUGAAUCUUUGAGAUGGAGAAUUGGUCAAUUCGAAACUAUUAAUCAUCCACUUUUGGGUAACAGAAAAUUCAAUCCAAUGGAAAAUUCUCCAGAUAUUAUCUAUGAGAGUCUUAUUGAUAUUAGUUCUAACACUGAUCAAAUGUAUAUUAGAGAUCACAAGAUUGAAAAUGAAGUAUUCUUCCCAUAUUCUGGUUUCGUUGAGAUUAGUUCUGCAGCAAUUCUUGAUAACUCGUCCAAGAAUGUUGAAGAGCUUCGUCUAGUCAAUUUCAAAGUGGUAAAUCCAAUGAUUUUACAACAAGAGCCUAGAAUUGUUCAAGUUCAUUUGAAUUUGUAUGCUAAUGAGUUUAGAAUUUUCAGCAAAAAGAAGGUUGACUUGUUAUCUAUUAAUUAUUCAGAAAUUUCCAAAGAUCCUUCCAAGUUAUCAAAUAAGCUACCUUGUGAUUGGACUUUACAUGCCUUUGGUUCUUUCAAAACUCUAGAUUCUUCUAAUUCUGGUGAUUCCAUCAAUUUCACAAACAGAGAAUUGAAAGCCUUUGAUAUUUUCAGAAAUUUCACAGAAAAUCUUGAUGAAAAAACACAAAACAUUCAUAAGGAGAAUAUCUAUUUCAAUCUGUCCAAAUGUGGCCUCAAUUAUGGACCUUGUUUCCAAGGAUUGGAUUUGUACAGCCAAGUUGGACAUGACGAAACAAGAGAAGUUUUGAUGGCACAAAUUUCCCAUCCAAAAGCUUUGGAAAAUGACGAAAGAUAUUGUACAUGGCAUCCUGCAUUGCUUGAUUCAUGUUUCCAAAUGAUGAUUUGUUCAAUGCCAGAGGAUACAACCUAUCUUCCAAUUUCCACAGACGAAAUUACAAUCAUCCCACAUAGAAAACCAAACAAUUCGAAACACACCAUCACCAGAUGUGUUAAAUAUUCGAAGAAUGCUCAAACAAAAGAAAUUACUUGUGAUUUACAAGUUUUGGGAGAAUCUAAUGAGCCAUUUAUUUCUUUCAAUGGUUUCAAAGUUUCACCUUUGGAAACCAAAGAAAAGAAACUUCAAGAAACUUCUAUUGUAUCAUCAAACUUUGCACCACAACCAAUCUAUUCUAAAUCUAUUCUUCCUUCUAUGGAAUCAUUGCAAGAGUUUAUUCUCAAUUUCAAACUCAAUGAAUACUCAAACGAACACGAAUCUCUUAAUAGAUUUGUUACCAAGUUAUGUGAAAGUUCUACUAUCGAGCUUUCUGUUUUGAAUUCUAGGAUUCAACCAGAACAUUUGAAGAGACUUGCUCAAUUGACUAUUGAGUUGGCUUUACAAAUGAAUCUUGUCCAAUAUGAUUCAGAUACUUAUACAGUAGUUAGUGAUCUUCCUAAUAGAUUUAAUAUUAUCAAAUCCUUGAGAGAAUUUCCAAGAAUUGAUCUUUAUUCCAAUCUGAUCGAUUUGGUGGAAAAUAGUUUAAUUCACAUGAAGCAAUUAUUAACUGGUGAGGCAGAUCCUGUUUCUGUCCUAUUUUCAAGAAAAGAACAUGUAUUGAAUGAUUAUUAUGAUGAAGUUUCUCAUCAAACUAAACCAUUGUUUGAUUUUAUUUUGAACUCCAUUCCAAAGAAUGGUAAAAAGAAGACUUUGAGAAUUUUGGAAAUUGGAGCUGGACUUGGAGGAACAACCAAACAAAUUUUACCAAUUCUUGAUUCAUUGAGAGAUUAUAUAGAUGUGAAGUAUGUUUUCACAGACAUUUCACCAUUGUUUUUGGUGAAGGCAAAGGAAAAGUUUGCACAAUUCGAAUAUUUUAUGGAAUUUUCUUUAUUAGAUAUUGAAAAGCCAUUUGUUUCUUCAGAAUUCAUUGAAAAGGAUUCGUUUGAUUUGGUAAUCGCUGCUAAUGUUGUUCAUGCUACUCAAGAUUUGAAAUCCGUCUUUUCACUCAUUUCAAGCUUGUUGGUUUCCAAUGGUCAAUUAGUCCUAGUUGAGUCUGAUCCUCUUGGAGCUCAAUUUUUACACUUUUUCGUUGGUACUUUGAAGGGAUGGUGGUAUUUUAAGGAUUCCUUCAGAAAGCAAUCUGCUUUGCUAUCAGGAAAUGAGUGGGAACAAGUUUUAUUGGAUUGUGAUUUCCCUUCAAAUGUCAUGUUGCCAAUUGGUACUGCAAAUUACAUUAUAGCAAAGAAGAAAGAGAAAAAUGUUGAGAGAUGGUUGUUCUUCUCUUCUGAAACACAAAAGGAAAAUUUAUUGUGUGAAGAAUUGAAAUCUAGAGGUGUAAAAGUUGUCAAAAUUAUUCAAGGUGAAAAAUUCCAACAACUUGAUUCUGGAUUCGUUAUUAAUCCUGCAGAUUUUGAACAUUUCGAAUCAAUAUUCAAUCAAACUUUGAAUAUCUGUGGAAUUAUUUUCGGUUGGCCACUUUCUUUAAGCUCUUUCGAGUUUGAAACAGUUUCCAAUUGUGUGGAAUCUAUGUACUCAAUUUGUAAGAUACUCAAGUUCAAUACUGGCAGAUGUAAAUUCGUUGCUCUAACUAGUUCAGUUUUUGGUUACAAUCAGGAAUGUAACAUUUCUCAAUCUUCUAUUGUUGGAUGUUUGAGAUCAAUUCAAACUGAGAUAUUCCAAAAGAAGUUAAAGGUUAUUGAUAUGCAACCUAAAUGUUCAGAAAACUCAAUUGGUGAAAUUGUUGAUGAUGUCCUUGAAUCUGUUUAUACUCAUGAUGAAAUUGUUUAUUCUGAAAGUGGAAGAUUUGUUCACUUUUAUUCCAAUGUUAUUUAUAAUUCUUUGACAUCUCAAAAGAAGAUAUUGAAUAACGGUUGUUGGGUUAUUAGUGGAGGAUUGGGUGGAAUUGGAUUAAAGAUGUGCGAAUGGCUUGUUGAAAAGAUGAAAGUCUCAAACAUUGCCCUUCUUACAAGAAGAAUGCCAAACAAAUCUGAAAAAUUGAUCAUUGACAAGAUUAUGCUGAAUAACCCUAAUGCAUCUAUUGAUGUUUACAUUACUGAUAUUUGCAAUUACUCAACUCUUUAUCAAACAAUGCAAGAAAUCCAUCAAAAAUUCCCAAUUACAGGAAUUGUCCAUUCAGCAAUGGUUUUAUCCGAUUGUGCUGCAAAUAAGAUGACAAAAGAAAAGUACGAAACUGUUGCCAGACCAAAGAUUCUCGGAGGUUUCAACCUUCACCAAUGUUCAAUCAAGCUCAAUUGCAAUCUAUCCACUUUUUUAAUGUUGAGCUCUUUCAGUUCUUUGGUUGGAGCAUUCGGUCAAUCAAACUAUAAUAGUGGAAAUUAUUUCUUAGAAUCUUUGUGUAGCUAUAGAAGAAGUUGUGGAUUGGCUGGACAAUCUUUAGGUCUAAGUUUGAUUACAGGAGCUGGAUAUGCAACUAAGGCAGAAGUUGAUGAAUAUUUCUGGGUUGGAGCUAUGCAUGUUCAUGAUUUACUUGAUCAUUUCGAAUAUUUGAUUGAACACGAGAUGGAUCUUCCUCCUGCAAUGACCUUCUUUGGAUUUGAAAUGCCUGAGGAUUCACUUUCACCUCAUGUAACAUUUGGUCGUCAAAGAAAGGAAUCAAAUAUUGAAGGAAAAUCAACAACUACAGAUUCUAACGUUGAUGGAAUUGUUAGAAAGGUUUCAGAUAUUGUAUCCAAAGUUUUUGGAAUGGACGAAAGUGAAAUUCAACUGGAGAAACCACUUGUUGACUAUGGUCUUGAUUCUCUCAUGAGUGUAGAAAUAAGAAAUAUUCUAUCAAGAGAAUUUUCAUCAAGUAUUACAGUUUCGACUCUCUUAUCUGGAGUUUCGGUUUCUACUCUUGUUGAAAUGAUUUCCAAUUCUGGAAAAUCAUCCAAUCAACAAUUAACACAACAAUCUAAUAGUCCAAAUCAAACCAAUUCAUUAGAAAAGCACUUGUUAUUAGAAACUAUCCAAGAAAGAUCAUCAGAGAAUGUUUUACUCUGUUUUCCAGCACUUGGUGGAACAGUUCAUGAUUUUAGAGAUUUAAAUCUUGAAGAAUUUUCCAUUUAUGUGAUUAAUUUGGAUUAUUUGAGAAAUAAUUCUGAUUGGACUGCUCAUUUCAUGCAAGUUUGGGAUUGUGUCCAUCAACUAUUUAAUUCCAAUACGGUUACAAUCUAUGGACACAGCAUGGGUGCUUUGGUUGCUCUUGAAUUUACAAGAUUUAUUCAAUUCAAGUUCAAUAAGAAACCUGUAAAAUUGAUUGUUAGUGGAAAUGCUCCUGGAAAUUCGCUUCAUGGUGAUUCUUAUGUGAAAUUUAAAACUUUGGGAGAUCAAUCGAUCAUUUAUGGAAUUGUCGAUCUUGACUUGUUCCCUAAUGUAACAGAAGGAAUUGAGAACUUGGAUGAAAAGGCAAAGAAGAUUAGAGAUUUGAUGGAAAUUCCACUUUUCAAACACCAAUUUGACUUUUUAUUGAAAUAUCAUUGUUAUGACGAUGACAUUUUUGGAAAAUACCAAGUUGACUGUCCAGUUAUUGCUCUCAGAGGCGAAUUUGAUAAAUUAGUAACAGGAAAUACAAUUAACAACUGGAAUAAGUUUGCAGGAAAUGGAUUGAAUAUUAUUACUGUUAAGAAUUGUGGACAUCAACUUGACAAACAUUAUUCGAAUCUUAUUUCACAUUCCAUUCUUGGCUCUCCACAACAAUCAUCACAUAAUCCAACUCCUUUUGACGUAGACAUUGCUCAAGAUAAGAACUCUGUCCUCACACCUCUCGAAAGAACUCUCUACAUUCCACUCGUUUCCAGAGCUCUCGAAUCUCUUGAAAGCGAUGGAAUUUUAUAUGAUCCAAUUGCUGUGAAAAUCUUCCAAAACUUACCAGAAGAUCUCUCUGUUGAUGUUCAGAAUGAUAGAAUUACCAGAACUAAUAUUGUUGGGAGAACUAUUGUCUUGGAUAGGAAAUCACAAGAAUUUGUGAGUAAGAGUUUGGCUAAGCAUGAAAAGGUAAUGAUUGUUAAUUUGGGAUGUGGAUUGUGUUCUAGAUAUGAAAGAUUAUUUGGAAUGAAUGAGAAGGUGCAUUGGAUUGAUAUUGAUUUGCCAAAUGUCAUUGAAUUGAGAAGACAAUGGAUCUAUUCUAGAAGAAUCAACAUUUUCAGAUCUUGCUUUCAUAAGAAAAUCAUUUGGUGA